CGCCCCUCUGCUGAACACGACUACAGGAGAGAUUGAAGCCAGGCAGCACCCCACGGAGUUAAACUCCGUAACCAGGGAAACACCACUUCCGCUGACGUCAUUACGGCGACACGUGGAUCCAAGAUGGCGGCGGCGAUGGAUUGGUUGCCGUGGUCCCUGUUGCUUCUCUCGCUCACGUGUGAUUCUCACGCCUUCUACGUCCCUGGGGUUGCACCAAUCAAUUUCCACCAGAACGACCCUGUAGAAAUCAAGGCUGUGAAGCUCACCAGCUCUCGAACCCAGCUACCUUAUGAAUACUACUCGCUGCCCUUCUGCCAGCCCAGCAAAAUAACCUACAAGGCAGAGAAUCUCGGAGAGGUGCUGAGAGGGGACCGGAUUGUCAACACCCCUUUCCAGGUGCUAAUGAACAGCGAAAAGAAGUGUGAAGUUCUGUGUAGCCAGUCCAACAAGCCAGUGACCCUGACCGUGGAACAGAGCCGGCUUGUGGCCGAGCGGAUCACGGAAGACUACUAUGUCCACCUCAUUGCCGAUAACCUGCCUGUGGCCACCCGGCUGGAGCUCUACUCCAACCGCGAAGGCGAUGACAAGAAGAAGGAAAAGGAUGUGCAGUUUGAGCAUGGCUACCGGCUUGGCUUCACGGAUGUCAACAAGAUCUACCUGCACAAUCACCUCUCGUUCAUCCUUUACUACCACCGGGAGGACCUGGAAGAGGACCAGGAGCACACAUACCGCGUCGUCCGCUUCGAGGUGAUUCCCCAGAGCAUCAGGCUGGAGGACAUCAAAGCAGACGAGAAGAGUUCUUGCACCCUGCCUGAGGGCACCAGCUCCUCGCCCCAGGAAAUUGACCCCACCAAGGAGAAUCAGCUGUACUUCACCUACUCUGUACACUGGGAGGAAAGUGACAUCAAAUGGGCCUCUCGCUGGGACACUUACCUGACCAUGAGUGAUGUGCAAAUCCACUGGUUUUCUAUCAUUAACUCCGUCGUGGUGGUCUUCUUCCUAUCAGGCAUCCUGAGCAUGAUCAUCAUUCGGACCCUCCGGAAGGACAUCGCCAACUAUAACAAGGAGGAUGACAUUGAAGACACCAUGGAAGAGUCUGGGUGGAAGCUGGUUCAUGGUGAUGUCUUCAGGCCCCCCCAGUACCCCAUGAUCCUCAGCUCCCUCCUGGGCUCAGGCAUUCAGCUCUUCUGUAUGAUCCUCAUAGUCAUCUUCGUGGCCAUGCUCGGGAUGCUGUCGCCCUCCAGCCGGGGAGCUCUCAUGACCACGGCCUGCUUCCUCUUCAUGUUCAUGGGGGUGUUUGGUGGAUUUUCUGCUGGCCGUCUGUACCGCACUCUAAAAGGCCAUCGGUGGAAGAAAGGAGCCUUCUGUACGGCAACGCUGUACCCUGGUGUGGUUUUUGGCAUCUGCUUCGUUUUGAAUUGCUUCAUCUGGGGAAAGCACUCAUCAGGAGCAGUACCCUUCCCCACCAUGGUGGCCCUGCUGUGCAUGUGGUUCGGGAUCUCCCUGCCCCUUGUCUACCUGGGCUACUACUUCGGCUUCCGCAAGCAGCCAUAUGACAACCCUGUGCGCACCAACCAGAUUCCCCGGCAGAUCCCCGAACAGCGGUGGUACAUGAACCGAUUUGUUGGCAUUCUCAUGGCUGGGAUCCUGCCCUUUGGCGCCAUGUUCAUCGAGCUCUUCUUCAUUUUCAGUGCAAUCUGGGAGAAUCAGUUCUAUUACCUUUUUGGCUUCCUGUUCCUUGUCUUCAUCAUCCUGGUGGUGUCGUGUUCACAAAUCAGCAUCGUCAUGGUGUACUUCCAGCUCUGUGCAGAGGAUUACCGCUGGUGGUGGAGGAAUUUCCUGGUCUCCGGGGGAUCUGCGUUCUACGUCCUUGUCUAUGCCAUCUUUUAUUUUGUUAACAAGCUGGACAUCGUCGAGUUCAUCCCCUCUCUCCUGUACUUUGGCUACACGGCCCUCAUGGUCCUGUCCUUCUGGCUUCUCACGGGCACCAUUGGCUUCUAUGCAGCCUACAUGUUUGUCCGCAAGAUCUACGCUGCUGUGAAGAUAGACUGAUGGGGGUGGACCAUGGCCAGGCCCACUCUGUCCACGGACAGGAAGCCACUCUGCGUGGGGAACUGCAGGCACGCAAAUAAAAUAACUCCUGCUCGUUUGGAAUGUAACUCCUGGCACAGUGUUCCUGGAUCCCGGGGCUGCGUGGGGGGCGGGAGGGCCUGUAGAUAAAUCUUGGACUUUUCUUCAUCAAUUUAUUCCAGUUCUGUGGGGGAUGAGGUUUUUGUGGGUUGUUUUUUCUUCAGUGCUACGAAAGUUCCCUCCAGCAGGAACUCUCAGACCUGUUUAUUCAGGUUUAUUUUUGGUUGGGGGUUUUUUCCUUAGUUUUUUUAACAUAAGGAUCCAGGAUGGAUAAAUCACCAAGACACUGGGUUUGGUCACUGUCUCCACCUCAGUUCCUCAGGCUGUUGGCCACCCCACAACUAACUGGAAGAGGAAACGCCUGGCCUUCUGGGGCUUCGGUGAGGUUUCCGAGCCUCUCACGGCCCGUCCUCACCUCUGAUGCCGCGACAAAGCCCAGCUCUAGCCCGGACGUGCAUCCUCAGUGCCGACCAGCCUCUACCAGCCCUCUCCCUCACUCUUCUCUCCCCCCAGCCUCCUCCCAGGGCUGCCCAAAGCAGGGCUUCCAGCCAGGCCUCCAGGGUGACCAAGUCUUAUUGCUACAAGAAAAACCCCGGGAAGUACUUGGGGCCAAGCGCCCCAGGACAGCAGGACUCACCCCUGCUCAGAGCAGCGGGAGUUUGCUGGACCAGAGAAGAGACUUGCAGUGAACUGUGCGUGCCAAGAAACCCUGGAUCCAGGGCCAAGUAUUUACAGAGUCAAGCCAAGCAUCCACGUGUCUGUCUGGGACAAGGGUCCUCACCCCUCAGGAUUGCUCCCCAGUUCUUUCCCCGGGGGGUUGCUGCUCUUUGCGAAGUGUGCUGGUGGCGGGCCCUCUCCACUCUCUACCAGCACAGAACGAGGCCGGGAGACCUCAGAUGCCCUCCUUUGGGUGGCUGGGGAGAGAGGCGUUCUAUCCCUGACAUCCCCCAGCCUCAGUGCUCAUGCUCAGCUCUUUCAGCCAGACCCAUCCCCUCCACCUCCACCUCCAUCUCCCGUCUGUCUGAUUCUUGCCUCCUUGGGUGACACCUGCUUGUGGGAAGGAAGACGGAAGGUCAGUUCUGUCACUCUUACCCCGAUUCCCAGGAAUAGGCAAAGAGCCAAGUUAGAAAGAGGGAGCUAGCUUUGCGAGCCUGGCUCCUCUGUCAGCACCCAACCCCCUGUGCACCCUGUGCAUGUCCCAAACCAAACAUUUGUUCUUAAGUUGCAAGAGGCCAAACCCACCCUGGGGUUAGCAUUUAAGUAACAGCCGCUCACCCUUGCAUCAGCCCCUUUGGGACUCCCACCACAAGACAAAGCUCAGGAUGCUGGCUAAGCUCGGAACACACCCCACCCCCAUGACACCCUGCACCCCGACUCCAGGUUCUCCCAGCAGCCCCUACCAGCUCCACCAGUCAAACCAGUGGACUUCUCAACCUUGCUCACAGUGACUCCGUAGCGCUAAACGGUGUCCACCAAGAAUCAGGUUGGAGAAAAGGGAACCCAAGCAGUAGAGAAUGAUAAUGGAGGCUUUUGUUCAUUCAAAUCUCGGAUUUUUUCCCUAAGAGAUUCUCUUUUUUGGGGGUGGGGGGAAUUAGGAAAUGGACUCCUCAUAAAAGGUUCAAACAUCAUCAAUUUUUCUGACUUUUUUAAUCAUCAUCAUUAUUAUUUUUAAUUAAAAGAUGCCUGUAUGCCUUUUUUUGGUCCAAUUGUAAAUAAAUAUGCCAUUGACCUGUU